AUGUUCCGGGGCCGCCGCGCCUGGUUCUCGGGGAGCGUCAGCACUGGCCCGCGGGAGCUGUGGGCGGCCGGUGGUGGGGCGCUUGCUCCCUGGCGGGACGCUGACUACCUCUUCAGCAGUGACGCCGCCCACCCGGACACCCGCAGAAUACACGAGAGCCUCAAUUACUUGGAGGGCAGAGCUACAGUCUUUCACUCCCGUUACCUCUCUGCGUGGGCGAGCACUGGCACAGGAGCAAAGCCAUCGGUGGUUCUGGGCCACUUUGUCCUGCCACCUGCCUGCCUGCAAGAGGAAAUCAGGAGAAAACUCGGUAGUUUUAUUUGGGAGCAGGCAGAUGAUUCACUUGCAGAACAGCCCAGUGAAAAUCUGAUGGAUGAACUGGUGGCGGCGAGAAAAAGCUGUGAGGAAGAAGCAGAGGAGGAUGUGCUAGACCUGGCUGAAAGCACCGAGGAAGAAACAGGCUCCAGAGCACCUGCCCAGGGGGAAUUUCUCUACCGUGCCCUCCAGGAAUACCCGAUGAGUAACAUGGUCACAGGCUACACCGCUGCUCGUGACAUGAAGAAGUAUGUUGGAGAGCUCCGCGAUUUCAUCCCUGGCACCUCGGGCUACACGGCCUACUGGAUUCAGAACGAAAUCAACAUUUACUCCGACGGGAAGACUAGAACAAAGAGAAAAUUGUAA